CCCUCGACUAGAUUGCCUACUGACUAUGGCAGUGGUGGACGGACCAACUCAUCUUCUCUCUCUCAAGGUAAUGCGCUUGUCGCGACCUGAUUUGGCCAGCGCAUGGGAGCCCUUUUAUUCAAGUUCUCCCUCCUUUUCGGCCCAUUCAUCCGCUGCAAUUCUGUCCUUGCAGGGAGCUUCACCUCUUUCCGGCCAUCCCAAGACACUUCGGGACCUUACACAGGCCGUGGAGCUCCUCACUUUACCAUCAUCUUUCGGCUCAAUUCAGCUAGGAGAAACCUUCUCUAGUUGCCUGUGUGUGAACAAUGACGCUCAAAUCGAGAUCGAGGUCACUCAAAUGAAAGUUGAGAUGCAAACCGCGAGCACCAAAAUCAUACUUUCCGAGACGGCAGACCCGGGACAUCACUUGGCUGCUGGAAAGACUCUCCAGAGCGUUGUUCAUCAUGAAAUCAAAGAGCUCGGUCAACAUGUUCUUGCUUGCACCGUAACGUACAGGUCACCACCCAACGUUCGCAAAGUUCCUGGUGCAGCGGAAGAUGCUGGCGACCCCACUCUCCAAACGUUCAGAAAGUUUUACAAGUUUGCGGUUACCAACCCACUAUCAGUCAAAACCAAAGUACAUGCAGCCAGAUGCCCUUCGGCGCUGCUAUCCGGUGAAGAAAGAGAGAAGAUUUUCCUUGAGGUGCACAUUCAAAACCUGACACAGCAGCCGAUGUGCUUUGAACGCAUGCGGUUUGAAUGCGCGGAUGGGUGGGAAUCCGAGCAUGGAAACCUUCUGCGCAGUGAGGGUGUUGAUAAUCCAAAAGGCAUCUUCUCUGGACCGCUGGCUCUAAUGCAACCUCAAGAUAUACGGCAAUAUGUUUACAUUCUUACUACUAAGACUCCCACUGUGGCGCCGACGGUUCACUUGCCGGGAAAUGUCAUCCCGCUUGGGCGAUUAGACAUUUCCUGGACUUCGGCGUUCGGAGAGCCAGGGCGCCUGUUAACUUCAAUGCUUUCCCGCAGAAUUCCAUUGCCAUCUGUUCAACAGCCAGUUUCUGCGUUGCCGCCUUAUCUUAAACGUUCUACGGGACAAGAAACAUCUCGCCCACAAUCCCCUCAACCAUUCCCAUCUCGUCCUGGAACUCCACCUAUUAAUAGACCAGGAUCGCCAGCACACAACAGACCAUCCUCUACGGCAUCAGUACAGCCGCAAUCUGUUGCUCAAACUUCAGCAUUUGGAGCACUUCCCGAACUCGAUGUUCACCUUUCAGUGUGUCAUGUACCUCGGGGUUCAAUUAUCUCUGAGAAACCAUUUACUGUUUCAUUCGCGGUUUCAAUUUUAACGACGGUACCCCUGCAUCACCGAAGGAGGGUGCGACUUGCGGUGCAACAUAUCCAACCUUCACGGACAACACUUCUGCCAAAUUUACCCGUGGGUGCGGAAGCCUUUAGCCCCCGUUUACCUUCCUCUGGAUUUUCAACACCAUCCUCUGCGACUGCGUCGUUCAAUUAUGCUCUUGCUCACCAGAAAAUCCUUGCCGCAGCUGCUCGUACUCUGCUUACUGGUGAGGGUGAACCUGAGCACCCCGAUAAAGAGGCGUUCCUUCUCCCGCCUCCCUUUUUUGAGAGUGCAGAUGAACUCCAAAAUUCUCACCCCCGGAAUGUUAGUUUUGUCGGUCCCUCUGUCGUGUUUUUGCCUUUUGUUGAAUUAUUUCCCAACAAUCAAUCCGAUCAUGCGAUCGUUGCCAACCAGGAUCAUGGGACAACAGCGGAGGCUAUACAGAAGUUUGAACUCUCUUACGUGCCUUCAUACCCGGGUUUUACCACCUUUGGAGGACUACGCUUACUGCUACUGGACGACGACACUUCAGAACAAUCAGCGGAAAAUCCCACUGACAAUAAAAGAACAAAGCUGCGUCGAGCGCAAAGCUUGAAAGAGUACCCGGUGGUUGCUGAGGUUUGGGUAUCACCAGCAUGA